CAUUUGCAAGCUCUCCUCUCCAAAUAUAGAACUCACUAGCAACCAUUUUCAUUUGCCUAAUUAAGCCCUAUUCUUUGAAUUCUUCACAUUCAAGCCCCUUCAUUCUCUGUUAGAACAACAACAAGAAGAAGAACAGCAAGAUGAGCUGGACAGGAGGUGACUGGAUGUGUGGAGCAUGCCAACACCAGAACUUCAAGAAGAGGGAAUCCUGCCAACGGUGUGGGUACCCGAAAUACGGCGGGCCUGAUGUGGCAACAUACCUGUACAACAGGACAGAGGUGUUGGCAGGGGACUGGUAUUGCAUUGGCAUGAACUGUGGAGCACACAACUAUGCCAGCAGGACCAGCUGCUACCGAUGUGGCUCGAUUAAGAACGACUAUGGCGCUGCUGCUGCUGCUGCUUAUGGGUCAGAUUCCGGUGCCCCUCCUGGUUGGAAGUCUGGUGACUGGAUCUGUGCUAGGGAUGGGUUGUGGAACACAUAAUUUUGCUAGCAGGGGAGAAUGCUUCAAAUGCAGGACACCAAGGGAAUAUGGUGGUGGAAUGUAACCAGCAGAGAAAUUGGAGGCUUAAGGCUUAACAUGUACCAAACUCAACAACUUCCUUUGGUCUCUUUUUUCUUUCUUCUUCAUCUUCAUUUUGAAGGUUAAUAAGCAGUUUUUUAGGUUAGGUUUUGAUACCCAUUUUCUAGCAUUUGGAUUCUGAGGGGGAAGGAUGUGUCUUUCUUCUUUUGUAACUCUUGUAAUGUACUUACACUGACUGUUACAAAAAGGAAAAUGAAAAAGUUCCCAUUUGGUUCCCAUUUUCCUCUCAUUAGCUGUUCUGCCACUUCCCAAUUGCCAAAAGCUGUAUUCUCCAUCUCUUGGCUUAUAUGAGGAGGGUCCAAAGGAAUGUAAUGUGAGAGAUUAGCUAGUGGCAUCCCAAAGGUAAUGAGAUGGAAACUGAUAAAUCAUUCAUGGGUUCUUGAUCAUCCACAUUGGACCACACUAUGGGGGCAAUGUCAGAGAGCUCAUUUGGGUCCAAGCCCAGGAAAAUAAAAGCCCAUUUGGGAACAUGGAGGAAGAUUCAAGGGAAUCAAGGUAGAAGAUGAGGCAGAGUUGAACUUCAAAGGUGGAGUGGAGACUGGAGAGGUUCUGUUGUGUCUCAGGGCAAUAAUUUAUGAACCCUUUACUCCUUUAGGCAUCAAAUCUGCAGGGAGGGACUCAUUUUGUUUAUACACAGACAGGGGGCUCACACCUCAAUAAUUAUAAGUAGAUAAGAACCGGAUGCUUGUCAAUUGCCACUUUCCAUUUGCA